AUGAAGAAGAAACAAAUUACAUCAAUUGCAAAAUUCGUACUGGAGUGCUCGAAAACCCUAUUGAGCAUUAUGUUUAGAUUAGGGUAUUUCGCGGACAAAAGACUUUUGAAUAUUGUAAAAGAAUAUAUAACCGGUGCAAUGGCUGGCGUGGGGGAGGAUGAUGCUGGCGGACCGAGAGGUAACAUCGCGGUUAUACAUCCGUACCAACUACGAGGAUUGAGACGCCCCACCGAAGAUGAGGCGGAAGGAGUAAACGAGCAACGAGUGCGAAUGCGGAUAGACGUGCAACCUGAGGAGGAGGGUAUCUCAACGGUUGAUCUAGUUUCAGAUGCGGAAGAAAAUAUCGAUGAGGAGUCGACUCUGAGUGAAGCCGACACCGAAAUUUACACACCGCUACAAGCAAACGACCUGGAUGAAUCCGAAUAUGGAGAAGAAGAAAAUGAGGAGGAAAACGAAGAAGAAUAA